CCACAAUAGCAGCACAACCCUUACACGGCAGUUUGUGCCCUUUCGGGGCCAAGCGACAUGGCAGUUAUUUGACGUGUAAAGUAGCACUAUGAUGGAAACCAUUCCUGCCUCGUUGUUGUUAGAGCUUGGUGAGAGACAAUGGCUGCCUUUACCAGAGCCACCCGCAAUAUCCUGCAGAGAAGCCCAAACGAUGUUGUCUUGUUGUCCGUUGCCAGAUCACCUAUCAAUCGCAGUUUCAAGGGCGGGUUUAAGGAUGCACAUCCAGAAGAUAUCCUGAUGCCAGUGGGUGGCGAGUCCAUGGCAGAGCUGUGGACUGUGAGGCUGAAUGGAUACAGGUUAUGCAGGCUGCCGUGCAGCGAGCCAAAAUCGAAUACAGAUGCGUCGAAGAUGCUAUGAUUGGCAAUGUUUUGGCAGAGCUCGGAUUCGCGAAGACUGGUCGGAUGGCUCUCAAUCAUGCCGGAUUCCCGAAUUCAACCACUUUCCAUACCGUCAAUCGCCAAUGUUCAAGCAGUCUACAAGCGCUUACGCACAUCGCACAUUCGAUCCUGGUGGGACAAAUUGAUGUUGGGCUUGCUGGUGGCGUCGAGAGUAUGUCAAGAAACUAUGGUUCACGAGGCAUCCCCGUAGAUGUCUCUCCGACUCUGUUAGCUUCUCAUAACAAGGACGCCAGGGAUUGCUUGAUGCCAAUGGGAUUCACUUCGGAGAACGUUGCACAAAGAUAUGGCAUCGAUCGACAAUCUCAAGAUGAGUAUGCUGUUCGAAGCCAUGGAAAAGCGAGUCGAGCUCAAAGAGAAGCGCGCUUUGACUGGGAGAUAGUGCCAGUGACGGUUCGAAGGAUCGAAGAGGAUGGUCAAGAGAGUCAAUUUGAAGUGACUAAGGACGACGGCAUUCGAUCCGGCCUAACAUAUGAAAAGGUCUCUACUCUGAAGCCGGUCUUCAGAGAAAAUGGCAAAAGUACCGCAGGCAAUUCAUCUCAAAUAUCUGAUGGGGCAUCGGCGUCUAUCUUAGCUAGGCGUUCAUGGGCGGAACAGCGUGGGCUUCAGCCGUUGGGCCGAUUCGUUGGCACAAAGGUCAGCGGCUGCUCGCCAGAUGUAAUGGGCAUUAGUCCUAUUUAUGCUAUUCCAGCACUAUAUUCAUAUGCUGGCAUAGAACAAAAAGAUGUCGACAUUUUUGAAUUAAAUGAAGCCUUUGCUAGCCAAACGCUCGCAUGCAUUGGCGAGCUUGGGUUGGAUGAGGAAAAGGUGAACCCGAAUGGAGGAGCUAUUGCACUGGGACAUCCCACAGGGGCUACAGGUACACGCCAACUUGCGACGUUAUUUGGUGAAUUGCGACGACAGGACAAAGAGAUUGGUAUUGUUAGUAUGUGUGCAAGCACUGGACAGGGAGUGGCGUCACUAUUCGUCCGAGAGGCAUGAGGCAACUGAACUGUCACUACGCACCUAGAAAAUGAGGUAUGUAGUCCAGCGACCAUGAAGUUAUCAUCAGUAUCACCUGGAGCAAUGGACAAUAGCGAUGUUUGAUCUGCUCUGUACUAUUGGGUCUUCCUUGCCAGAUCAGGUAUAAUUGCCCCACGUUAUUAGGGCCACAUUGGUAGCUAAGGCAUGUACACGUAGAUGUCGCGGCCACACGUGAAUUCUAGCCUAAUCAAGUACAUGCACCCUUCCCC